UCUGAGCUCCAACUUGCACUGUGAAAUAUUGUCGUCCACUGUCUCCUGUUCUAUCUCCUGGUCAACUGUCAUCACAUCAUGCUAAGGUAGAGGGCUGCAGCUUCGGCUGCCCUUUCUGUUGCUUCCUUCAUCCGGGGCAACAGUUUCAAUCUUCCUCAAUUUCCGUGCCUACCUCUUCCACGAGUCAACUUUCACCAUGCCGGCCAAACAGAAGAAAGGCACCAGGAAGAACGGGCACCUAGCAGCGGAAAAGAAAAAACCGCAACUAUCUUCAGAUGCGGGCCCUGCAGCUUCUCCGUCCGCCAUCAUUACAAAUUACCGAGAAAUCCAUGUGAACGAGGCUGAGGCCUUGCGUUCAAUCUAUGCUGAUGGCUUUGAAUAUGUAGAAACUCGGCAGUCUGCUUGGAAGCAAUCUUCCGAUAUUGCGUUUAAGCUGCACUUAAAGGCAUCGUCCAACUGUGAAGUGGGUGUAGACCUGCUUGUUGAACUGCCAGCGACGUACCCGAAAACUACCCCGAAGCUGACUUUGGAGUGUAUUGACGAUUUGCGUGGUGACGCUAAAUCUCGCAUCCAGAAUGUAGUCGUCACAAAACCUGCCGAGCUGCUCGGCAAUGAAAUGAUCUAUGAGUUAGCCGUCUCGAUACAAGACAUUCUGGAAGAUGCGGCUCUUAUGCGCGCACGAUCUGACGCAGGUCGAAGCCUAGAAGAGGAACGAAGAGCUCAAGAGGCGGCGGCGCUCCAAAAGGCUGAACGGUUGAAGCAGGAAGAGCUGAGGAAGCAGCAAGAAGCUACAAAGGAGGAAGAAAAGGAAUACGAGGCGGCAUUCAAGAACCAGAUCAAGAUCAGACAGCGUGAGAAAGAGCAGAAUUACCGUCGGAAGAGCAGGUCCACAUUCGAAGACGUUGAGCAUCUAGACCCGAGCGACGAUACCCCUGGGGCUGUAACUUUUGAUAGCCCUAUGACAGUCAUUGAUAACGAAGGGCGGCAGCUAACUUUCAGGGCUGUUUAUGGGAGAACUUUGAUCAACCAUACCCACCACAAAGAGACAUUUACCGUGAAACCGGUUGUGCUAGGAGCUACGCACCGUGUUCCGCUCCUGGUACUCAAGGAAAUUUUCAUCCGCGAGAAGGAGACAAAGAUCUCGGACGUUAGACAGAGGAUAGGAUCAAGUGAGGACAAACUGGAGAUUCUCAAGUCUCUUCGCCAUCCAAAUUUGGUCGAUUUCGUCGGCUACAAAAUAUAUAGCCCGCUCGACCCGUACGCUUCCCAUGACAAUACCUGGCAUGUCUCUGCACUGUUCGAGUAUGCGAAUAAGGGGUCGCUUUCCGAACUCCUCGACAUGGUUGGUACUUUGCCGGCAGAGAAUGUGAAAGCCUGGAUGAUUCAGCUCGUCGAGGGCCUCGAAUUUUAUCACCGCCAUAGACUUGUUCACGGGAAUAUUCAUUCUGCGCGUGUCCUGCUCUUUCGGAGCUCAACCGGUAGCACUGUAGUAAAGUUACUUGGAAGCAUUGAAGAAGCGUUGCCAUUGCCUUCCAGCGCGAAGAGGGCUUUGGAUACCUCAAAAUCUACUUUCUGGCAACCUCCGGAGCUGAUGCAGGACGAUGCGAAACCAAGUAUUAAGUCUGAUGUAUGGGAUUUGGGCAUCGUCUUCCUUCAAAUGGGUUUUGGAAAAGAUGUCCUGCAACGAUAUACGUCGGCAAAUUCACUUAUUACUUCUCUGGAUCUCUCCCAACCUCUUCAGGAUAUGUUGCGCGAACUCUUCCAAGUGGACCCUAAAAAGCGACCAACCGCUUUUCAAAUCCAUCCUUUCGAGUUUUUCCGGGUUGACUCGCCCUUAAUAAUGCCAACAGCCACGCCGAGUUCAGCACCUCACCCAAGGCGUGCGAGAAGUGAUUCCCAAGGGAUGCUGCCAAUUUUUUCACGCUAUGAGCAUGAUUUUGACGAGGUGGGCCGUUUAGGUCGAGGCGGAUUUGGCCAGGUUGUUAAGGCGAGAAACAAACUCGACGGUCGGUUUUAUGCUGUCAAAAAGAUAUCUCAUAAGUCUUCUGCGGCGUUGAAAGACACUCUUUCAGAAAUUAUGUUGCUCUCCAGACUAAACCACCCCUAUGUCGUGCGGUACUAUACUGCUUGGCUUGAAGAGGAUUAUUUUGGCGUCGAAGAUGAUGCCGUGGAGUCGACUGACCAAGAACAUUCCCAUCCAAACAUCGAAUUUGGCUAUAGCACCAGCGGACUCGACUUUAUGAGUUCGAAAGGAUAUCCGAAAAUUGAAUUUGGUUAUGACAGCGACGAACAACCUCCCGACGGUGAUGAAAAUGGGGAGGGUCGGACCACUUCCAAUGGAACCAUUCGUGAAGACGAUGAUGAUUAUGACGAUAAUGAGGACGAGCCAACGCAAUCAAUUACAGGUGAGGAAGGGGAUGAACUUCAAUUAGUUAACUCCGGAAGUUCACACCAGGUGACUUCGACGCUAUAUAUCCAAAUGGAAUAUUGUGAAAAGCACACUCUUCGCGACUUGAUUCGGGACGGACUCCAUGAAAACGUUGAUGCUUCUUGGAGACUCUUUCGGCAGAUCCUGGAUGGCUUAAAUCAUAUUCAUACGCAUGGAAUCAUUCACAGGGAUUUGAAACCGGAUAACAUCUUCUUGGAUGUCACCAAUAAUCCUCGUAUCGGAGACUUUGGUCUUGCAACUCGUGGUCAGUUUUCAACGGCUAUCCAGUCCUCCUUUGUCCCGGAUAUUGGUGAGAGCUUCACGCGGAGUAUUGGUACAACGUAUUAUGUGGCCCCGGAGAUGAAAUCUGCUGCAGAUGGCCAGUACAAUGAAAAGGUGGACAUGUACUCUCUCGGGAUCAUAUUCUUUGAAAUGUGUCACCCUCUCAACACUGCCAUGGAGCGGGACCAUACCCUUCAGGAAAUUAGAAAGAAAGACCAUGUGCUCCCUGAAACUUUUGAACUACCGGAAAAGGUUGUCCAGGGGCAGAUUAUCGAGUCACUCAUUAGCCACCGCCCAGGGGAGCGGCCAGCAGCGAUAGAGAUCCUUCAAAGCGGAAAGAUUCCACUACAGGUUGAAGAAGAAAUGUUUAGAAAAGCCGUAAUGGGUUUACUAUCGGAUCCAAAUUCUGCAGACUACAAAAAGAUCCUCUCUGCAAUAUUCUCACAGCCAUCCAACAAAUUCGAAGAUUUGGCAUGGGAAAUUGAUUCGCGAGAGUCGCCGCCUGCUAACGAAAUGGUACUGCAAGGUGCAGUGAAGGAUCAGCUAAUAGCGAUAUUCCGGAAACAUGGAGCAGUUGAAACCACAAGGCAGACAGUAUUUCCUCGCUCUAACCAUUAUGGGCCUGGAGUUGUCAGACUGUUGGACCCCGAUGGGAACCAAGUUCAGCUGCCGUUUGACCUAACACUUCCAAAUGCACGGUCCGUCUCCCGUCAACAUCCGUCAAUCGAUAAGAUGUUCUCGUUCGGAACUGUUUUCAGGGAAGCACUCCAUGGAGGACAGCCACGUGCACACAAUGAAGUUGACUUCGAUAUUGUCUCCCACAAUACCCUCGAUCUUGCUUUGAAGGAGGCAGAAGCAAUCAAGGUUUUGGAUGAAAUCCUUGAUGAGUUUCCGUCUCUGAGAACGGCACAGAUGUGUUACCACCUCAAUCAUUCAGACCUUCUCGAUACUAUCAUCGCGUUUUGCCGCAUCAGUUCAAAGCAGAGACCGCUUGUGAAAGAGGUGAUCAGCAAGCUCAAUGUUGGACAUUACACUAUGCAAAAGAUUCGAACUGAAUUGCGCGCUCCUACUAUCGGAGUAGCGUCUACAUCAAUUGAUGACUUGGCACGGUUUGACUUCAGAGAUUCUCCCGAAAAAGCUUUGAAGAGACUUCGUUUGAUCAUGGAAGAUACCGAAUUUGUCGACAAGCUAACCCCUAUCUUCGCUCGCUUGAAUGCUGUUAUCUCCUACCUGAAGAGGUUUCGUGUUCGACGCAAGAUUUAUAUUAGUCCUCUAAGCAGUGUCAAUAACAAAUUCUACGGAGGUAGUAUCUUGUUCCAGUGCAUCUUCGAUACGAGGAGAAAGGACGUUUUCGCAGCCGGUGGUCGGUAUGAUAGUUUGAUCCAAGAAUUCCGUCCGAAGAUAAUGUCGUCGCGACCUCAAUGCCACGCGGUUGGAUUUUAUCUCAGCUUCGAUAAAUUGACGGCAUCGAUGGCGAAUCUCGUUAAAGGAAGAACUAAAGGUUCCUCAAAACACAUCUCGGAUAUCGGUGAUAUUUGGCGGAAACGCAAGUGUGACGUCCUGGUGGCAAGCUUUGAUAGCAAUGUCCUCCGAACACUGGCUCUCGAUAUUUUAUCAGAGCUAUGGACACAUGAUAUUAGUGCCGAGUUGGCUAUCGAUGCCUCGUCCUUGGAAGAACUUCUUACUCGUUAUCGAGACGAUAACCACAGCUGGGUGGUUAUUGUUAAACAGGACAGUUUAGAUCGGGGAUUGAAAAUUAAGAGUCUCGCUAGAAAGGAAGAAUUCGAUGUCAGAUGUGGCGAUCUCGUUGCUUGGAUUCGAGCUGAGAUUCGUCAUCGAAACCAGAAAGAGAAAGCAGAGACUUUAAAAUCCACCAAACAGGGAACGCAGGACCCUAAUCCUUUGAGUAGGGAGAGAGACAUGGACGUUCGAAUUAUUGCACCAAUGCACAAAGGCAAAAAGACAAAUCGGCAGAAUAUGGUUGAGUCCGCAAUACUUCGAGCUCGCGAGACGGCCGACAAGGCACUGGAUGGUCCUAUCGCAGCUAUCGACAUACGUGAUGAUGUUCUCGAGGCCAUUCGCAACACCCGCCUUGCUGAUGCGGACGCAUGGCGUGUUGUCAUUCAAAGCGUUCCAUUGGUGGAAAGGAAGUACCUGACCGAUCUGCUCAACUUACUGUAUGAGCUUGCCAGCGAGAGCAAGGAGCAGGACGGAACCGAACGAUACCGAAACGCCUUUAUCUACAAUUAUCGUAAUGGUAAUUGUGUCUAUUAUGAUUUGACGCUUGGGAAAUGAUGGAUAAUCAUGUAUUUGAUGAAUUUGAUGAAUUUUCAUGCUUUAGAUGAAAUAAAGGGUUCAAGACUAUGACAAUAUGCAUUUCGCAUCCAGGCUCAAUUAGCAUAGCUAGUUGUCGGUGUCUAUCA